AUGGAGACCGGCGACCAAUCGGAUCUCUGCUUUCCACAGCAGGCCAACACUUCCUGCAGGAAGCCCUCAUCUGACGGUUCUGAUGGUGUUCUUUUCAGUGUCCUGCUGUCCGUUGAAUGCAUCCUAACUGUGCUGCUCAACCUGCUCGUCAUCAUCUCAAUCUCCCACUUCAGGCAGCUCCACACCCCGACCAACCUCCUCCUCCUCUCCCUUGCCGUCUCUGACUUGCUGGUGGGCUUGGUGGCAAUGCCAGGUGAGAUCUACGUGAGGAUAUCCUGCUGGUUUCUCGGUGACAUUGCCUGUUCUCUCUGGAGUUACACGACUUUCACUGCAGCAUCCUCCUCGGUCGGAAACAUGGACCAGUUGGGUCAUCCUGGAAUGUACAACUCAUGCCGCGGAGAGUGCGUCAUCGGUUUCGAGGUUUACGCAGGCAUUCUGGACCUCGUCAUAAACUUUGUUCUUCCUCUCAGCAUCAUCAUCACACUGAACGUGAGAGUGUUUGUGGUCGCAGUUUCUCAGGCACGAGCCAUGCGCUCUCAUGUUAAAUGUGUCAAAUUACAACAUUCUGCCCCUUCCAGAGCAAAAUCAUCCGAGUUGAAGGCGGCCGGGACUCUCGGUGUUCUCGUUCUGGUUUUUCUGGUGUGUUUCUGUCCAUAUUAUAUUGUCAGUCUGGUGACUGAAAAUGAGAAUUUGGGCUUCGUGGCAAAAUUUGUUCUUUAUUUGUAUGAUGUCAACUCAUGUUUGAACCCCUUAAUAUAUGCCCUUUUUUACCCGUGGUUUAGAAAAGCUGUCAAACAUAUUGUCACUCUUCGCAUUCUGCAGCCUGCCUCCCGUGAGGCUAACAUCCUGUAG